AUGAGGCUCUGGGUAAAUUUUUUCCUAUUCCUCGGAUUAGCAGUGUUAUCAUGGGCUGAGGAUGAUAAGCUAAGAUUCGAUUGUCACCCCGAAAAAGAUGCCAACAAGGACAACUGUGAGGCCAGAGGCUGCAUUUGGUCGCAACAUCAGUCAGAAGACACGUUCCUCCCAUGGUGCAUCCAGAAUCGCACGGCGAUCGGCUACCGGGUAACAGCUCAAAAUGGGAACACGGUUUCACUACAGAAAAACUCUGGCCCUAAAUCUCCGUGGGACCAAGACAUUGCGACGAUUACGAUGAAAACGAAGGAUAUCGACAACGUGCUAAAUGUAUGGAUUGGCGUUGAAGGGCGCUUUGAGCCGCAACUCGAUUUACCCAAGGAGACGGUGCCCGGCUCGGACUCGCUAUUCGUGACCAUCAACAACACCACGGACCCGUUCUCAUUCACCGUGAACCGGAAGAGCAACCAGCGAACGCUAUUCGACACCAGCAUUGGCGGGCUCAUUUUCACGGACCGCUUCAUCCAGAUCGCCACCUAUCUGCCGUCGGACCGGAUGUACGGAUGGGGCGAGAAUAUUCACCAAACGAUUAACCACGACUUGAGCCGAUAUUUGAGGUGGGGUAUGCUGGCCCGGGACGAGCCGCCGAAUAGCCAUGGUGUCGACACGAAGAAUCUCUACGGCGUGCACCCCUUCUAUAUGGUCCUCGAGCCCGAUGGCAAGGCGCAUGGUGUGUUGAUUCUGAACAGCAACGCCCAGGACUUGACGACGUUGCCCUACCCGGCGCUGAUCUACCGGACGAUUGGUGGAAAUUUGGACAUGUACUUCUUCCCGGGACCCACCCCCGAAGACGUUACCCGCCAAUACUACAACUUUAUUGGGCGCCCGUUUUUGCCAGCGUAUUGGGCCCUAGGAUAUCAGCUCUGCCGCUACGGGUAUAAAAGUCUGGACGAGGCCAAGUCGGUGAUCGCCGACGUUCGCGCGGCCGGCAUCCCGAUCGACGUGGCGAUGUUUGACAUCGACUACAUGAAUCGAUACAAGGACUUUACAGUUGGGGAUAACUGGUCCGACCUGUCCUCCUACACGUCGGUGAUGCACAGCUGGGGAAUGCGCCUGAUUCUGAUUUGGGAUCCGGCGAUUCAAGUGGAUUAUGACCCCUACCAGAGAGCGAUCGCUGCGGGCGCCAAAUUCAUCGAGUGGGACCAGAAAAGCCAAGUGCAAAACCAGAUCAACGAUCUGUACCCGUUGACGAAGGACACGACGACCAUGUUGGGAGUUGUAUGGCCCGAUCGUCACGUGGCGUUCCCGGACUUCCUCGACCCGACCGGCAAGACGUUGCAGUGGUGGCGGGAUGAGUUCAAGCGAUUCCACGAUCAGGUGGCCUUCGACGGCAGCUGGAUUGAUAUGAAUGAGCCGUCGGUGUUUGGGACAAAUGAUCAGCACCCAUGGUACUUCGACAACCCGGACCACCCCGAUGAUCCGCCGCUCUUCUGCCCGACCACCGGAGAUGAUGCCUACUGGGAGAACGCACCCUACCUCACCCAGACCGCGUUCAACUUUGAUGGGGGCGCGCUCUGGACAAAGACGCUGUGCAUGUUGGCGCGGACGGCCAACCGCACCCAGCGCUUCUACAACACAAAGAAUUUAUACGGUUGGUCGGAAGCCAAGGCGACAAUCGACGCGCUGCAGGGAACGACGGGGCAGCGUGGCGCUGUCAUUACGAGAAGCACUUUCCCGUCAAUCGGACGCUACGCGGGGCACUGGCUAGGUGACAACACGGCCAGAUGGGAUGACCUGAAGACGUCGGUCGUCGGCGCCCAAGAAUUCAACCUGUUCGGCAUCCCGUACGUCGGCUCCGACGUGUGCGGCUUCAUCUCGGCGACAAACGAGGAGCUGUGCUUGCGGUGGCAGCAGAUGGGCUCGUUCCACUCGUUCUUUAGAAACCACAACGACAACGGCUCGCCGCCGCAGCAGCCCACCGUUUGGCCGAGCGUGGCAAACGCGACGCGAAAGGCGAACCUUUAUCGCUACCAACAUUUGCCGUAUUUGUUUUCAUUGCACUUUGCGGCCUCGUUGCGCGGUACCCCGGUGAUACGCCCCGUGUUCUUCCACUAUCCCACCGACGAAUACGCGGCCACGCUGUCGCAUCAAUUCAUGUGGGGUCCGGCUAUCAUGGUGGCCCCCGUCACGGACCCGGGUGUAAUGACGCAGCGGGUCUAUUUGCCGUCCGACACUUGGUACUCCAUCUACGACUACAAGCAGAACCUGCGCGUCGCCAGCGGGUACGCCGAUUGCCAAGCGCCCACCACCUACGGCGUGCCGGCCUUUAUUCGAGGCGGCUACAUCGUACCCCGGCAAACACCAGACAUCACAACGGAAGCCGCGCGGAAAAACCCGUUCGGGCUUCUAGUGGCUGUCGAUUCAGGAGCUAAUCAUACGGCAUCUGGCGAGCUAUUCUGGGACGACGGCGUCUCCAUCGUUGACGAUAUCCGCCAGGCAAACUACUACAGCUUCAAGUUUUCGUUUGCCGACUUGCCGACAUCGGGAUUGCUGACGAUUGAGGCUGUUAGUGUGGCGAAAAAUCUGCCACUACCCACGCUCGAUGAGAUCAUAGUGCUCGGCUAUACAAACCAGCCGGAUCUGACGAAAGCCACGCUGAACGGCCAACCCAUCAACAUCAAUGUGCAGACGAGCGGAUACAGUCCACUCACGCAGGUGCUCACCAUCCGAACCCAAGGCCUGAUCGAUUUGACCAAGUCCACGGCAUUCAGUCUCAAAUGGCCCGUCGUGAAGCUGGGCAACGAGUUGAACAACAACAAGAUCAACAACGAUCACCCACACCAAGAGCUGAUU